UGGAGAAGCAGAAGGGUGUAAUCCGUGCCACCAUGUUGCAGAGUGCCAGCCUGAAGAAGGAUGCUGUGAAUGGUACCCUCACCAGCCUGGACGAUACCUAUGCCAUGGGCGAGGGUCUGAAACGGAGCGCUCUCAGCAGCUCCCUGCGGGACCUCUCUGAUGCAGGGGUCCAUCAUUAGCAGUCCCCGAGUGCCGCCAAGGCCUGUGCCCAUCCAAGAGGAUUCCACCAUGAGGCCUCACCGACAGCUCUCCAACUCUACCUCCUUCCUGGGCUCCCUGUUUGGGAGCAGGCGGGGCAAGCAGGGAGCACACGCACACUUGCUGGCUGGGGGAGGGCAGUCCUCCACCACCUCCUCCUCCUACCAGGCUGCCUACCAGCUCCAGGGCGGGCAAUCCGAGGUCCCCUCCAAGAUUCAGGUACUGCAUGCUCAGUACUGCCAGCCCCCACCACCGUAUUAUUAUCACCAUCGCUUCCACUCACAGCCGACCCUGCCCCAUGCCAACGUCACCCUCCAGCGCCAGUGCAGGCAGAGACCCAACCUACCACCCCUGCUCCCCCGUGCCCCCAUGACCCACACCAUUCGUCCUCCAGUCAGCUCUCCCCAGUCACCCCUGGCCCCUCACCAGCUCCCCGCCUACGCUAUGGCUCAGUAUGGACAGGCACAACAGCACCCAGGAGCAAUGCCAGGGCAACUGCAGAAGCAGUACCACCCAGGGGGGCAACACACCCUGCACCAUGGAGGGACAGCACCCGCGCAGCACACGCUAGCUGGGCACACCCUCAAGCAGCAUCCUCUGGCACACCACACUCUGCAGCACGCCCUGCAGCAGCAACAGCAUGCGUUGCAGCAACAGCAUGCACAGCAACAUGCGUUGCAGCAACAGCAUGUGUUGCAGCAACAGCAUGCGUUGCAGCAACAGCAUGCACAGCAGCAUGCAUUGCAGCAACAUGCACAGCAACAACAGCAUGCACAGCAGCAUGCAUUGCAGCAACAGCAUGCACAGCAGCAUGCAUUGCAGCAGCAACAUGCACAGCAGCAUGCAUUGCAGCAACAGCAUGCACAGCAACAUGCAUUGCAGCAACAGCAUGCACAGCAACAUGCAUUGCAGCAGCAACAUGCACAGCAGCAUGCAUUGCAGCAGCAACAUGCACAGCAACACGCACAGCAACAACAGCAUGGACUGCCACCCCAGCUCUCCCCUCACUCGCCCCUCUCGCCCCUCACCCCACACUCGCCCCUCACCCCCCUCACACCCCUGACACCCCUCACCCCGCAGUCCCCCCACUCCCCCUACUCACCGCUGCUGCCCCUCUCGCCCCUGCCUCCUCACCCACACCCUCAGCAGACACUGGUCGGGCCCCCGAGCAGUCAGGUCUCCACUGGGGUCAAGGCCAAACCUGCCAACCGAAUCAGCACAGUGGUGUGAACGGAGCGGCUCUGGGCGGGGGCUGGCCAGGGACCAAGCUGUGGGGGACUGACGGUGGGGGUGGGGUGAGUGGUUUGAAGCAGGGGCGCGUGGGGAGGUCGGCUGGGCAGGCUUUGAGGGGGCAUGGUAUUCUUUAACCUCACUCCCUUUGGAGGUUCUGACACCAGCCCCUCUCCCUUCAAAAAUGGUGGCAUAGCAUCAGGAAGCAGGAACCUCAGCUGAAUUCUGAGGGUCUCAGGUCUACACAGGCCUGUCCUCUCCUAAUUCGGCUUCCUCAAAUCUACCCCGGUCUACACAGGCCUGUUCUCUCCUACCCCGGCCUCCUCAAACCUACACCGGCCUCCUCAAAUCUACCCCGGUCUACACAGGCCUGUCCUCUCCUACCCCGGUCAAUGUAGGCCUGUCGUCUCCUACCCCGGCCUCCUCAAAUAUACCCCAGUCUACUCAGGCCUCCACAAACUUACCCCAACCUACCCACAUUAACCCAGCCACCUCAGGUCUAGCCACCUACCCCUGCCUCUACAAACCUACCCAGCCUACUCAGGUCUACUCACACUUCUCCUGGCCUACUGACACCAACCCCGGCCUACCUGGGCCUAGUCACCCCUACCCUGGGCCUACACACACCAACUCUGGCCUACUCAAGCCUUGUUCGCACUUACCCUGGCCUAGAUGUGGAGGUGCCAGUGUUGGACUGGGGUGGACAAGGUCAGAAGUCACACGGCACCAGGUUAUGGUCAAAUAAACCUGUUGGACUAUAACCUGGUGUCGUGCGACUUCUGACCUUACCCUGGCCUACUCACACCAGACCUGCCUGUUCAUGCGUACACACACCAACCCUGACCUACUUGGGCCUACUCACACUUAUACUGGACUACUCACACCAAUGCCGGCCAACUUGGGCCUACCCAAGUCUACUGUCAUCGACCCUGGCCUACUUGGACCUACUCACACCUACCCCGGCACACUCACACCUAUGCUGGCCCUACUCACAACAACCCAGACCUACUCCCACCUACUGGGCCUACUAGAACUUACUGAGGCCUCUGGGAGCAGGCCUGACUUUGUCCUUAACUCCGGUCUCGAUUUCAUGCUAAUAUUCCUCCUUCCCUCCCUCCCUCCCCUUCCCGAGGGAGAAACUCUGGGACUCUUUUCCCCCUCCUUUUUUAAUACACAGAAACGCGACAAAUUUAAACUGAGAGAGAAACAAAACUCUGAUACUGUGUUGCACGAAGGCCCUGGGAGACAAGGGCCUAGGGAAGGGCAGGUACUCUGCCUCAUCCUCACAAAACAAAACGUGCCUCGCCAGCCCCAUGUUGGAGCUUAACACAAACAAGGAGAGUGAAAGAGAGAUUUCUCGCGAGGCUCACGUUUCUUUUUUGGACUGAAUGUAUAUUUAAAGAAGAAAACAUAUAUUUAACUAAUUAAUAUGCGGACUGUAUAAUUCAGCAAAUAUAUUUAUUAAAGUACUUUGCCAAGUUACGAGCUGUUGAAAGGCCGGCUGAGUGAGGGGGUGAGACGGCGCAGAGAGCAGCGGAGGCAGCUGUAGCCGUUCUCAACGGGAUGAAAUGAUGUUGGGGAAGUCAAGAUGAGGCAUCUCUCUGGGCCUACUCUGGAUACCCGUGAGUGUUGUGGGAGCGCAGCGGGAGAGGGAGCACAGGGUCCUGUCCCGUCACCAUGUAGCGCAAUCUUGAGGUCGGAGCCGCCAAAUGCAAGGAGUCAGGCCCACCUCACUGCUGCCCACCCCCUCCACAAACCGUCAUGUGUCCACCAUUUUCCCCAGGACAGGGACAGCACAGGGUUAGAUAGAGAAUAAGUCUCCCUCUACACUGUCUGCCCCAUCAAACAGUCCCAGGGCAGGGGACAGCACGGGGUUAGGUGCAGAGUAAAGCUCCCUCUACACUGACCCCUCACCACACACUUCCAGAACAGGGACAGCAAUGUGUCAGGUACAGAGUAAAAGCUCCCUUUAUACUGUCCCCAUCAAACACUCCCAGGGCAGGGACAGCACGGGGUUAGAUACGGAGUAAGGCUGUCUCUACAGUGUCCCCCGAAAAAACACUCCCAGGACAGGGACAGCAUGGGAUUAGAUAUAGAGUAAAGCUCCAUCUACACUGUCUCCCCAUCAAACACUCCCAGGACAGGGACAGCA